CGGGCCACCAGAGGUCCGUGGGAGAGCGUUCGCGGCAGAGCAAGCCCUCAGAGCCGAAACCUUCAAACGGCACAGAUGCGCCCUCCAGAGAAGGGACACCGGCGGAGGCGCCACGUGGCAGCGUCACGACGAGGGCCACAGACACGAGGCCGAGCUGCGGAAGUCAGGGCCUGUGCCUCCGUUUCCGUGAGCCAGGCAUAGCUCGGCCCCGGUGACGGCAGGCGGGAUGGCGGUCCCCGGAGACGGGUGUUGACCAGGGGGCCGUGAGAGCUCAUCAGGCACAGCGCUUAAGAAGGAUGAGGUUUGCUGCAUGCAUUCCUGCCAGAGUCAAAGCAAAAAACCACCACGGUGGUGGGGAAGGUGUAGCAGGUGUAGCAGUGUAGCAGGUGUAGCAGUCUCACGCUGGUGGAGACCCCGGAUUCGUUCUCUCUAGAAGAACCCUCCCCCCCCACCACCCGAUUGCUUCGUUGUAGCGAGACUCUAGAUCUGUUCGCUGUAGUGGAGAUUGCAGAUCCGCUCGUUGUAGCAGAAACCUCCAUUAGUUCACUCUAUAGGAGACCCCGGAUUCGUUCGCGGUAGCGGAGAACCCGGAUUCGUUCUCUGUAGCGGAGAUCCCGGAUCCGUUCGCGGUAGUAGAGCUCGGGGAUCCAUUUGCUGUAACGGAGACCCCGGAUACAUUUGCUCUAGUAGACACCCCCCUCCCCCACCCGAUUGCUUCGUUGUAGCGGAGACCCUAGAUCUGUUCGCUGUAGUGGAGAUUGCAGAUCCGUUCGUUGUAGCAGGAACCUCGAUUAGUUCACUCUAUAGGAGACCCCGGAUACAUUCGCAUUAGCGGAGAACCCGGAUUCGCUCGCGGUAGCGGAGAUCCCAGAUCCAUUUGCUGUAACAGAGACCCCGGAUACGUUCGCUCUAGUAGACACCGCCCUCCCCCACCCAAUUGCUUCGUUGUAGCAGAGACACUAGAUCUGUUCACUGUAGUGGAGAUUGCAGAUCCGUUCAUUGUAGCAGAAACCUCCGAUUAGUUCACUCUAUAGGAGACCCCGGAUCCGUGCGCGGUAGUGGAGACCCCGGAUUCGUUCUCUGUAGCGGAGACCCCGGAUUCGCUCGCAGUAGCGGAGACCGCGGGUUGUUUGCACCCUAGCACAAAACCUAGCUCUGAGCUCCCUGACAGCCAAGACAAAGAGAGAAAGCCACGAAGGACACCUCGCUCAUCGCGGGGAGUUCCCGCAGCUCUGAGGGGGACGCACCAUAGGGGCGUGUCCUCUGUGGGCGGCGACGGGUGGAUUUGCGCCCCGAAGCGCUUGGCGGCGGGAGGCCCCCGCGACCGCAGGCCGCAUCCCCUCCGCCUCGUGUGCCCCCACAGGGUACCGGAAGCUGCUGAAGGACAUGGAGGAGGGCCUGGUCACGUCCGGGGACUCGUUCUACGUCCGGCUGAACCUGAACAUCUCCAGCCAGCUGGACGCCUGCACCAUGUCGCUCAAGUGCGACGACAUCGUGCACGUCCGGGACACCAUGUACCAGGACAGGCACGAGUGGCUGUGCGCGAGGGUCGACCCUUUCACGGACCAUGACCUCGACGUGGGCACCAUACCCAGCUACAGCCGAGCCCAGCAGCUCCUCCUGGUCAAGCUGCAGCGCCUGAUGCACAGGGGCAGCCGAGAGGAGGCGGACCCCACGCACCACACCCUGAGGGCGCUCCGGAACACCCUGCAGCCUGAAGAGCCGGUUUCCACCAGUGACCCCCGGGUCAGUCCCCGCCUCUCUCGGGCAAGUUUCCUUUUCGGCCAGCUCCUCCAGUUCGUCAGCAGGUCCGAGAACAAGUACAAAAGGAUGAACAGCAACGAGCGGGUCCGCAUCGUCUCGGGGAGCCCGCUGGGGAGCCUGGCCCGGUCAUCGCUGGAUGCCAGCAGGCCCUCGACCGAGAAGCAGGAAGAGCCGGACCCCGAGAGCGAGCUCGGCAAGAACCUCAGCCUGAUCCCCUACAGCCUGGUGCGCGCCUUCUACUGCGAGCGCCGCCGGCCCGUCCUCUUCACGCCCACCGUGCUGGCCAAGGCGCUGGUCCAGAAACUGCUCAACUCCGGAGGCGCCUUGGAGCUCACCAUGUGCAAGCCGGGUGAGUGCGGGCCGGGACCGUCCUCGUGUCCCCCCUCCUGCGUCCCACCAGGCGUGGCAGCAGAGCCUGUGGACCUGCUGUGCCCGGCCGGCGGGGCGGGUCUCGGGCCCGGGGGCCACGCCGGCCCUCUCGGAGCGCCCUGUGGCCCCAGAGCAGGGGAAGCAGGCCUUCACUUCCCCUUUCACGCUGAGGGUUCAGGGCGGAGGUCACAGAGCGUGUCAGGAGACGUGACUUGGGGUCCCCGCUCUGAGCCCUGAGGUUAAGAGGCAGGCCGCCCAUCGCUAGGGCUUCCGUGUCCUGGGUGUGGCUGGGGGACCACGGUCAGAUGCCCUGCACACGGCGCUGAGCCCCAGUCCUGGCUGCGAGCUGGAAUCGUCCUCAGCACUGUCCGUGUUGAAACCACGGACGUCCAGGGCCACCCCGCACCAGCCAGCCGUCAGGUGCCCGGCGGGGUUUAGUUAUGCCGAGAUACACGUAACAAGGAAUGUGCCACGUGGACCGUGUUAAGUGUCCGGUUCAGGGGUAGUAGGUACGUCUAUCUCCAGAACUUUCUCUUCUUCCCGAGCCGAAGCUCCACCCCCACCCCAGGGCCCACCGCUGUCUGUCUCUCUCUGUGAGUCUGUCUCCUCCGGGGAGUCGUAUAGUAUCUGUCCUUUUGCCCCCGGCUCAUGUCGCUCAGCAUCACGUCCUCGAGGUCCACGCGUGUGGUAGCAGGUGCCAGCCCAGUUAUGACCCACGCCAUCCCACGGUGUGGAUGUGCCACAUAGUGUUUCUCCGUCACCCAUCCGUGGACACGUGGGUCGCUCCCGCCUCUCGGCUGUUGUGAAUCCUGUUUGUGAACGUGGGCGAGUGAGCAUCUCUUCAGGCCCCUGUCUCCGGCUCUUGGGGGGCUGGACCCGGAAGCGGGAUGGCUGGCUCCCGUGGCGAUUCCACAUUUUUUGUUCCGUUCCGUUUGAACUUGAAGCUGCCACCCUCGUGUGGCCAGCAGCUGUCACCUCACGUUCCCACGAGCACAUGCCAGGGUCCCAGCUUCUCCCCCCACCUCACCAACGCUUGCUUUCUUUACUGUCAGCCUAGGGGAGGUGAGGGAGGGGCGUCGAGACCAGAAGUCCGUCCUCCGAGGAUCAGUAUACACGUAACAACACGCCCCCGUUUUAAGCGUGCAGUGUUGCAAAUGCCUGCACCCCGUGACCCCAGCCACAGCCAGGAGACGGAGCGUUGCAUCCCCUCAACAGGCUCCCUCGGGCCCCCCUCCAACCCUUGCCCCAGGCACUGUUCAUCUCCUUCCUGUCACACAUUGGUUUUCAUUUUCUAGACUUUUCUGUAAAUGGAACCAUGCCAUGUGGAACCAUUUGCAUCUGGCUCCCUUCACCCCACAUCAUGUUCUAGAACUUGUGGUGUUGUUCCCGCUGCCGAGCUGCGGUCCUGCGGGCAGAGCAGCCUUACCCGUCGGGAGUCCGUGGUGCAGAGCCCCUCCCCCACCCGGAGGUUCUCAUAUGGGCCCCGGGGCUGGAAACACGUGGUACUGAGCGCUCAGAACAGCCCCGGGUGGGGGUGCGGACUCUGUAAGCAUCAGUCAGCACCAGUGUCGGGGUGAGAUGCACCUGAGCAGGAGCAGAACGCCCCUCAUUCCUGGGGGGGUAGCUCUGCAUGCAGUCUUUCACUGGAUGUUGGCAGUGAUGCCCCCCCCAGGUCUCCCGGGAUGCCUGGCCCUGUGGGAAGUGGGAGACGGCACCCCCAGUGUCCGGCCUCCCAUGGUGCAAACCCUCUACAGACCCCGGCCAGGAGGGCCUCCGCGCACAGUGUGGCUGGUGGGAGAGGUGGUGUUCUUGGAGGCGAGUGGUCUCCAGCUGAGGUUGUGCCCCACCCCCCCACCGCGGCUACUGACCUGGGACAGGUCACCCACCUCUCUGUCCCUCACCUGCAAAACCAGCAUAAUGGCGGCCACUUGUGGUGGAAGCAAGAGGCUCGCAGAUGGGCAGAGGUCAAGCCCAGCAUGGGCCCCGGGUUCUCAGCCCCCCAUGUGGAGCAGGCAGGACACAGACAUGGGUCCCUCACCUCUCUGAGCUCCAGCUCCUGCAGCCACCGCGGUAACUACCUCCUUUCUCAGUACGGUCUGAGGUUUGGCAGAGCCUCGUUUGCAAAUCCCACUCAGCUGCUCUGAACUCUGCAGACAUGCCCCGUGUUGCCCUUGGUGCUUUCACAGCCAGGGCGCUGCAGGUGCUGUAGGGCGGGGGUUCUAGGCUGCCUCCGUCCCCCCAAAUCACCCACAGACCUGUAGCACUUCCCCUGCUGGCUCUUCCCCGGAUCCCUUCCAACUCCCUUGUGGUACAUCCUGGAGUGUACAUGCUAAACCUGGCCUAGUGUGGGCUCCCCGGCCAGCCUGGGCUUACGCAGGGAAUUCUAGGCCUGGGCUGACCCCACUCUCCUUUCGUAAAUGGAGAACCUGAGGUCAAGAGAUUGAAGAUAUGUUCAGGGUCACCCAGCAAGUGAAUGAGGUCUCUGGUACAUACCUCCUCCUCCAGGGAGCCUGCCUGCUCUCCUCUCCCCUCCAUUCCUCCUCACUGCUGCCACAAUAAGUACCCAUCACUGCACCUGCUAAAUUGUUGCAUAAUUUUUGUAUCCCACAUUCUUCUUACUACAUAGGUCACACGUUCUCAAGUACAACAACAACUAUGUUUUUGUCAUAUUUUUAUUCUAAAGUCUGGCCCUUAGUAGAUUUUCAGUAAAUACUAAAUUUCAAUAAAAAUUAACUUGAUGGGUGGAUG